UUUUUUAAACACCCUAUGUAUUUUUGUAACUAAGCCUAAAAUUAAAAUUUAAUUGUAAAGAAAUAAUUCUAUUCAUUUAGUACCUUGAAGUUUCAUAUGCACAAAUUAAAUUUUUUUAAAAACUAUUUAUAAAUUAAAAAUUGUUGUCAAAACUUGCUGGAAACAGCUAAUUUCAAAUUAAACAAAGAAUUUGUGAUUAAAAGGAUGUUCAAUAACUUUGGGUUAUUUAUACAAGGUGAGGCACUUAAAAAUGGCCUGAAUAAUUUCUGAAUGAUUCAAGAUAUUGGAUUGAAAUUUAUAGGAUUACAAUGGCAUCAUGAAAUCUAUUAUUUAACCUUGAAAACACCUUAAUCAGAUAGGAUGGGGGAGUUGAAAAUCUUAAAUAGGAUGUGGGGUUGAGUGAGGGUUCAACAACUUUGGAUUGUCAUUUUGAAUCCGCCAUUAUUGAUUUUUCCAUUUAAUUAAUGGAUUCGUAAUUAGUGUGUCUUAAAGAGCACGCUAAAAAAUGAAACAAUAAAAAAUUCGAUUAUUAUAAUCCUAUGUACAAAACUGCAUAUCAAGCGUGCAUUUUGGAUCGCCUAGUUUCAUAAUUUGCCAUUUGAUCAGCGAGCCUUAAAACCUUUAAGUUACUAAUUAUCAUGAGAAACUUUUGCAAUACAUCCGAUUAAUGAUAAGUAUUAAGUUUUAGCGUGAUAUACGAAAAUUCGAUUAAAAGAGACUUGAUGUAACAUAAAAAAUCUACUUUCCCUACAUUUCUGGGAUAUAAAACUAUUUUUAUUAUUUAAUGUGAAUACUACUUCCCAACAAUUUUUUGUGGAUAAGAUUCUGCAGGAGUGCAAAAAAUCGAAGUUUUUUAACAUCCUUUCUAUCCAAUAUCUCGAACUAUUUAGAAAUUAUUCAAGUGGCCUCUUUUAAGUGCCUCGUCCUAUAUAUGGUAUAUAAGUACAAUGUCAAUACUUCAGAGUAUGCAGAAAAUUAAUAUAUUAUCAUAGUAAGAUAUGAAAAUGAUAUUUUAGCGAUUCGUAUGCUUUCCAUAUGUCCUGAAAUGAAUACAUGUAUAAAAUUUAUGGAUGAAAAUAUGCAACUAUGUGAGAAUUCAAUAGAUUUUUUAUACGAUCAUCAACAAGACUUUCUAGUCGUUGGAUGUCUAGGUGCACAAGGUGUUGGUAAAUCGACAAUCAUGUCACUGCUAACAUCACGUUAUUCGUCUAAUAUUUUUCAAGUUCAAAAUUUGUCACAUUACGAAAGCGGUACAAAUUGUACCACUGGAAUAGAUUUCUUUGUAACUAAAAACAGAGUGAUAUAUUUGGACACUCAACCAAUUCUUUCUGGAUUUGUGAUUGACUCUGCAUCCUUUGAGCAGAAAAAAAGUGCACCUGAUUUUAUGAAUAGUGAUUCUAAUUUGGAAUUACAAUCGCUUCAAUUUGCAGCAUUCCUAUUUUCAGUGUGCCAUGUUAUUAUAUUUGUACAAGAUUGGUUUGUUGAUCCAAAUUUAGUAAGAUUUUUACAAACUGCAGAAAUGUUAAAACCAUCUUCAACAACUGUCAUAGAUCAAGAUUAUGUAGAAUAUUAUCCACAUGUUGUAUUUUUGCAUAAUAAAGCAGAAUUGCAAGAUUUUAUGCCUGCUAUUAUUGACGAAAUGAAGGAUUUUUAUAAUAAAGUAUUUUCUAGUUCUCGACUACAAACUCAUAGUGGUAUAGAUAUGAGUCAUUGUUCGACAGAAAAUGGGUUAAAUUUAUUUUUGAUACCUUCGAGAACUAAAGGUAAAAAUUAUUUUAGAUUUAUAGAAAAAUAUAUACUAAUAUAUAUUUUUAUUGCAGAAGACAUGAUGUUUUGUGAAAAUGAAGAAUCCCUUAUACAUAAAUUACGAACAAAGAUACACGGAGUUCCUAGGAAUUCAAUUACAUCUUCUAUAUUGACAGAAAAAAAUUGGUUUCAUUACGUUUCAAAAGUCAUAGAAGUAAUAAAGAAAAGUCAUCUAUCUUCUGAAUAUGGAAGAUUAAUGCCUUGAACCUAAAAACUUAUAUGGAAGAAAGAUAUGAAAAAAAAAUAAAGGUAAUUAAUCUACUUUUAUUAUGAUAUAUUGCUUUUAUAAAUUAUAUCUUUAAAUUAAGGAGACAGGAGUGUUCAGUAUACAAUGUUAUGUAAUAUAUAAAAUUAAAUUAUUAAAAAGAAUAGAAUAAGAAUAGAAUUUGUAUU